AUGGUGCACUUCUUUGCUCUCUGUUGUGAGCACAUUUUUCACCUCCUUUCCACUGUUUGUCUUGAGUGCAUUUCCUUCCUCCCCUCACUCAGCUGGGGGUUAAUUUCCUACAUUCCUUCCUCCCCACCUCUCUCUGCUGCGGGUGCAUUUCCUUGCUCCCCACCUCUCUCUGCUGCGGGUGCAUUUCCUUGCUCCCCACCUCUCUCUGCUGCGGGUGCAUUUCCUUGCUCCCCACCUCUCUCUGCUGCGGGUGCAUUUCCUUGCUCCCCCCACCUCUCUCUGCUGCUGGUGGGUGCAUUUCCUUGCUCCCCCCCUCUCUGCUGCGGGUGCAUUUCCUUGCUCCCCACCUCUCUCUUGCUCGGGUGCAUUUCGUUGCUCCCCACCUCUCUCUUGCUCAGGUACAUUUCGUUGCUCCCCACCUCUCUCUUGCUCGGGUACAUUUCCUUCCUCCCCCUCUGGUGCUUUCCCACCAUCUUUUCAAAUAUUUUCGUUUUUAUAUAUCUUUUUGCAUUCAAGUUCAUUUGCCAUCUGUGA